AUGGUUUUGAAACGAACGACCCAUGAUGACGUGCCCAGCUGUUUUAGUGUUGAGUAUGUCCUCCAAAAUGCAUCUGUCUCUGAAAAGAUAUCUCUGCUCUCUGGCCGAGACUUUUGGCACACGAACCCCCUCCCAGCAUUCAACGUUCCAUCCGUGCGUGUCAGCGACGGGCCAAAUGGCGUGCGAGGAACCAAAUUCGUCGACGGCGUGCCUGCAGCCUGUUUGCCCUGCGGUACCGGUCUAGCAGCCACCUGGGACCAGGACCUCCUAUACAAAGCAGGCACACUUAUAGGUGACGAGGGCAUAGCGAAAGGCGCGCAUUGCUGGCUCGGUCCUACAUCAAUGGCAGAGGAUCCUUAUGCAACGGGCAAACUAGCUGCUGCUUACAUCAAAGGCGUACAGUCUACGGGUGUAGUGUCGGUCAUUAAGCACUGGCUUGCGAAUGACCAGGAACAUGAGAGGGUUGGCGUCAAUGUUGUUGCCAGUGAGCGCGCGCUGAGGGAGAUUCAUAUGCUUCCUUUCCAGAUUGCGCUUAGUGAUGCGGCGCCGGGCGGUGUCAUGGCUUGUUACAACAAAGUCAAUGGAAAACAUGUUUCAGAAAACAGAGACUUUCUUGACGCUUUGCUCCGCGAAGAGUGGCAGUGGAAGGGUUUGAUCAUGAGCGAUUGGUUCGGAACUUAUUCUACCACCGAAGCCGUCAAUGCAGGACUGGAUCUCGAGAUACCAGGACCAACGAGGCAACGCGGUCAGCUUCUCGACCUUGCCGUGUCAACCCGAAAGGUAUCUCGAUCAACGAUAGACAUUCGAGCCCGAAAUGUCCUCGAGUUCGUCCAAAGAUGCACAAAGGCUCCUGUUGCUGCAGAAGAAGGUGGACGUGAUUUUCCCGAAGACAGGCAGCUCAACCGAAAGCUUGCAGGCGACAGUGUUGUCCUCCUAAAGAAUGAAGGUGGCCAACUUCCUCUCAAGCGACCUUUCAAAAGCAUUGCUUUGAUCGGACCAAACAUGAAGACCACUUCGUUCUGUGGAGGCGGCUCUGCCCAUCUCCAGCCUUACUACACUGUUUCUCCCUACGAGGGGAUCGUAGCCCAACUACCGCCUGAUGUUGAAGUCCGGUACGAGGUUGGAGCGUCAGCAAAUGGGUGGAACCCCCUCCUACAGGGCGAUAUGAUCACCACGCCGGAGGGAGCACCGGGUAUGCGAAUGCGCUUCUACAGUCAGGGACCCAGUGUACCCGACCGCGAGAUCAAAAACGAGAGCCAUCUGCCUGUUUCCUCAAGGCUACUAAUGGGCUAUUCGCAUCCAAAGCUGGAGAACCAUUUCUACGCAUCUGUAGAAGGCGAUCUCGUCAUCCAGGAAACAGGAUUGUUUGAGUUCGGCCUCGCGGUCUAUGGCUCUGCACGACUCUAUCAAAGCGACACAUUCUUCUUUGGUAAGGGAACCAUUGAGGAAAAGGCUCAGAUGCACCUUGUGCGGGGCCAGAAGUACCGCAUCACCAUCGAGUAUGAGAUCGCACCAUCUUCCAAACUCGUUAAACCAGGCGUGGUCAAUUUUGGCGGUGGCGCAGGGAGAGUUGGUCUAGCGAGUGCAGUUGACCCUGAAAUCGGGAUCCAGAAAGCCGUCUCCGCAGCGCUCCAGUCAGAUGUGACCAUUCUGUGCGUUGGGAUGACGAGGGACCAAGAAUCUGAGGGUUUUGACAGAGCUCAUAUGGAUCUUCCUGGAUCACUUCCUCAGCUUGCGUCGGCCGUCUUGGCUGCCGUUCCAGACACAAUCGUUAUCACGCAGAGCGGUACGCCGUUCAGCAUGCUCUGGGCUGAGAGUGCAAAGACUCACGUGCAUGCUUGGUUAGCUGGCAGUGAGACCGGAAACGGCAUUGCUGAUGUUCUGUUCGGAGCAACAUGCCCGAGUGGAAAACUUCCGCUUUCGUUUCCGCGCCGCAUACAAGACACGCCGACCUUUUUGAACUUUGGUAGCGAGAGGGGACGUGUUAUCUAUGGUGAGGAUAUCUACGUUGGGUAUCGGUACUACGAAAAGGUCGAUCGAGACGUACUAUAUCCGUUUGGCCACGGUCUAUCUUACACCACGUUUACAUACGACAAGCUGAACGUCACAUCCUCGGACGUGAGCUUCGACAUCACCAACUCUGCCUCCGUGCCUGGAGCCGAAGUCUCCCAGCUUUACAUCGCAGUCGACGAGGCUACAUCCUCGAUCCAGAGAGCUAAAAAGGAAUUGAAGGCUAUCUGGAAUAUGCCUGUUUUGCUGGGUCCGAGUCUUGGGCCUGCUGUUGGUGCGUAUGUCUCGAGAGGUCUGGGAUGGAGAUGGAACUUUUGGCUGCUUAUUAUAAUGACUGGAGCUGUGCUUGUUGUCUGCGCCUUCAUCCAGAAAGAGACUCAUCCUCCAACUCUUCAGAGAAAGAAGCUUAAGGCACUACAAAUAGAGCGUCACACCGAAGAAUUGCCGCCCGCCACACCGCACCGACAACUCAUCAAGAGAAGCCUGGCCCGCCCAUUGAAGAUGCUUUUCUUGUCCCCGAUUAUCUUCGGUCUCUCGUUCCUGACCGCGAUCGCCUACGGAACUCUAUAUCUUCUAUUCACGACGGUCUCCGAAACCUUCAUAACGAAAUAUGGCAUAGUCACAAACGUCGGUCUUAUCUAUCUAGGCUUCGGAUUCGGUCAAAUUGUCGGCCUUAUACUCUUCGGCAUGGUCUCAGAUCCAAUUCUGCGAAGAAUGGCGCGAGGCGGCGAACUCAAGCCCGAGUACCGCCUCCCUCUCAUGAUACCGUGCAGUGCAAUAAUCCCUGUUGGUCUGUUGGUCUAUGGAUGGACGACCGAGUAUGGAGUCUUUUGGUUUGUACCUGUUAUCGGCACAUUCAUGAUUGGCUUUGGAAUGAUCACUGUGUUUCCAUCUGUGAGCACUUACUUGGUUGACGCAUUCCCUACUUAUGCUGCUAGUGCCACUGCGGCAAAUACAGUGCUUAGGAGUGUUGGAGGUGCGCUUUUGCCUCUUGCUGGCCCCAAGAUGUUUCAUGCCAUAGGCCAGGGUUGGUGCGGGUGUAUCGCUGGCCAUGAUCAGCAUGAUUGUUAUAUCAUACAAAUAUGGGGAACGCCUAAGAACAGGAGCAAAGUAUAA